CGGGAGCCAGACGGAGCGCGCCGGCACGACUGGGGCGCGAGACCGCCCGGGAGAGCGCGGCAGGGCAGGCCCGGAGCGGGGAGCGCGGCGGGGCAGGGGCGCCGGGAAGGGCGCGCGGGAGCGGACGGAGCGCAGAGGGUGGCCGCGCGCCCCGGCCCAGCGCGCACGGCGCCCCCAUGUCGCGCGGGCGGCGGGUCCCGGGCCCCCAGCCUGAGCCUGAGUCGCCGGGAGUCUGAGCCGCGGGCCACGCGGGAGCGGCGGUGGCCACCCCGCGGGUAGUUAUGAAGACGGAUCUAAAAUGACCAGCAAAGGGAACCCUUUCCCCACGCAGCUCAGGCGGUCCAUCAGCGAGCAGUUGCGGGACUCCACGGCCAGAGCCUGGGAUCUACUGUGGAGAAACGUCCGGGAGAGACGGCUGGCAGAAAUCGAGGCCAAGGAGGCAUGCAACUGGCUCCGGGCUGCCGGGUUCCCGCAGUACGCCCAGCUGUACGAGGAUUCACAGUUUCCCAUCAACAUUUUGGCUGUUAAAAAUGAUCAUGAUUUUCUUGAAAAGGACCUUGUAGAACCCCUUUACAGACGGCUAAAUACGUUGAACAAGUGUGCCUCCAUGAAACUUGAUGUGAACUUCCAAAGGAAAAAGGGUGACGACUCGGAUGAGGAAGACCUCUGCAUCAGCAACAAAUGGACUUUCCAAAGGACCAGCCGGCGGUGGUCUCGGGUGGACGACCUGCACACGCUGCUUCCGGGGGCAGGCGGCGGCGGGCCGCCGGGCGGCUCGAGGAUGCGGGCCACGCCCAGCAGUGAGAGCGUGCUCACGGACCUGAGCGAGCCCGAGGCCUGCUCCGUCCACAGCGAGAGCAGCGGGGGCAGCGAGGGCCGCGGCCCGCCGGGCGGCCCGGGCGCCGGCCGGGAGGCCUUCCCCUGCGCUGGCCGGUGCUGCUCCGACGGCCCGGCCAUGCUGGACGCCGGGGUCGUCGGCCCCAGCCCCCCGCCGCCCCCCGGCUACCCCUUCCAGGCGAAGAACGAGAAGCCCAGCCGGGCCAGAGCCAAGUCGUUCCUGAAGCGCGUGGAGACCUUCCGAGGGAAAGGAGCGCAGGGACGGCACAAGGGGCCCGGGCGCACGGGGGGCCUGGUGAUCAGCGGCCCCGUCCUGCAGCAGGAGCCGGAGUCCUUCAAGGCCAUGCAGUGCGUCCAGAUCCCCAACGGAGACCUGCAGGGCCUGCCCCCGGCCGCCUGCCCCGGCGGGCUGCCCGGCGGCAGCCCCCGCAGCGGCGAGAGCAGCCCCGUGGAGCAGGGCGGCGGCGGCGGGCCGAGCGCCCCGGGCCCGAAGGAGCGCAAGUGCCUGGAGGCCCACAAGCGCGGGGGCAUGUACUUGGAGGACCUGGACGUGCUGGCCGGGCCGGCGCCGCUGCGGGGCACCGGCGACCCGAACCACCCGCAUGAGUUUCACUCCCAGGAGAACCUGGUCGUGCACGUCCCCAAGGACCACAAACCGGGCACCUUCCCGAAGGCCCUGUCUAUCGAAAGCCUCUCGCCGACAGACGGCAGCAGCGGGGUGACCUGGAGGACCGGCAGCGUGUCCCUGGGCGGGCAGCCGGGCCCGGGCGCCCGGGAGCCCGGGCUCAUGGCUUCCUGCCACCGGGCCAGUCGCGUCAGCAUCUACGACAACGUGCCUGGCUCCCAUUUGUACGCCAGCACAGGAGACCUCCUGGACCUGGGGCGGGAGGACCUCUUCCCCCACCUGGAUGACCUCCUGCUGCAGGUCCACGGGCUGCAGGAGGUGGUGGACGACUGGUCCAAGGACGUCCUGCCGGAGCUGCACUCGCGGGGCGCCGUGGUGGGCAAGCCCGGCCUGGGCCCCGUCCCGGCCCCGCGGCAGAUCACCCUGGACUUCGAAGGCAGCUCCGUCUCCGAGGGCCGGAGGACACCCAGCGACGCGGACCGGGACGGCACCUCGCUGAACGGGUCGGAGGCCGCCGGGGCCAGAGAGAGGAGGGAUUCGGGCGUCGGGGCCUCUCUGACCAGGCCCAGCAGGCGACUCCGGUGGAACAGCUUCCAGCUCUCGCACCAGCCGCAGCCGUCCCCAGCCUCGCUGCACGUCAGCCACCUGAGCGCCGGGCAGCUGAGCCUGCUGCAGCGUGUGUCCCUGCUGCGCCUCACAGCCAUCCUGGAAAAGCACUCCAUGUCCAGCAGGCACGGCUGGACCUGGUCAGUCCCAAAGUUCAUGAAGAGGAUGAAAGUCCCCGAUUACAAAGACAAGACUGUCUUCGGUGUCCCUCUCAUAGUCCACGUCCAGAGGACGGGGCAGCCCCUGCCGCAGAGUAUCCAGCAAGCACUGAGGUAUCUACGCAGCAACUGUCUCGAUCAGGUGGGUCUCUUUCGAAAAUCGGGCGUGAAGUCGAGGAUCCACGCCUUACGUCAGAUGAACGAGAGCUUCCCUGACAACGUCAACUACGAAGACCAGUCGGCCUACGACGUGGCGGACAUGGUGAAGCAGUUCUUCCGGGACCUCCCCGAGCCUCUGUUCACCAACAAGCUCAGCGAGACCUUUCUCCACAUCUAUCAGUAUGUCCCCAAGGAGCAGCGGCUGCAGGCGGCGCAGGCGGCCACCCUGCUGCUGGCGGACGAGAGCAGGGACGUCCUGCAGACGCUGCUGUGCUUCCUGCACGACGUGGUCAGCCUGGUGGAGGAGAACCAGAUGACGCCCAUGAACCUGGCCGUGUGCCUGGCCCCCUCGCUCUUCCACCUCAACUUACUGAAGAAGGAGAGCUCCCCCAGAGUCAUCCAGAAGAAGUACGGCACCGGCAAGCCAGACCAGAAGGACCUCAACGAGAACCUGGCCGCGGCGCAAGGCCUCGCCCACAUGAUCGCCGAGUGCGACAGGCUUUUUGAGGUCCCGCACGAGAUGGUAGCCCAGCUACGGGAUGCGUGUGCGGAGGCCGAGAUCCAUGCUCCGACCCUGGAAGACCUGGGGGCCCAGCUGGAGGACAGUGGGGCCACUUUCCACACCUACCUGGACCAGCUGCUCCAGGGCCUGCAGAAGGACGCCAAGGAGAGGUUCAAAGGAUGGGUGACGUGUCCCAGCACGGACAACACAGACCUGGCUUUCAGAAAGGUGGGCGACGGGAACCCCCUGAAGCUGUGGAAGGCCUCGGCGGAGGUGGAGGCGCCCCCGUCGGUGGUGCUGAACCGCGUGCUGCGGGAGCGCCACCUCUGGGACGAGGACUUCGUGCAGUGGAAGGUGGUGGAAUCCCUGGACAAGCAGACGGAAGUCUAUCAGUACGUGCUGAACAGCAUGGCCCCCCACCCUUCCCGGGACUUCGUGGUUCUCAGGACCUGGAGGACCGAUUUGCCCAAGGGAAUGUGCGCCCUGGUGUCCCUGUCGGUGGAGCACGAGGAGGCGCAGCUCAUGGGCGGCGUGCGGGCCGUGGUGAUGGACUCUCAGUACUUGAUCGAGCCGUGCGGCUCCGGCAAGUCGCGGCUGACCCAUGUCUGCAGGGCAGACCUGAAAGGUCACUCCCCAGAAUGGUACAACAAAGGCUUCGGACACCUGUGUGCGGCAGAAGUGGCCAGGAUUAGAAACUCCUUCCAGCCCCUCAUUGCUGAGGGCCCGGAAACGAAGAUCUGAGCUUCCCCCGUGCGACCUGAACUCAGGGAAGAGGAAGCGGAAGCAGGGCCUGGCAGCAGAGCGCGCGCUUGGGAGGAGGCCGGCGACAGCCCGUCGGGCCGGGCGGGGCGGAGACCCCGAGGCCGGAGUGCUGAGUGCGUGGCGCGGGAGCCUCCGAGCGCUGGCCCAGCCUUCCUGGCGACGGCUCUGCCAUUACUAAUGUAAUAUUUUUAAAAAUCAGAGCAGUUCUCUAUGUUACUUAAAAUUAAAUGGGCUUCCCCUUGUGCAUUGCCUAAUUUGCUAUUUAAAGGCUUCUAAGAAGCAUAUUCCUAACUGUAAAUAAAUGUAUGUAUAGCCUAUGUACAUAUGUGUGUAUAUCCCUCCCUUUACUGUAUAUAUGUAAAGUACCGAUUUUAUAUAUAAUUGUGUAUUUUGAAAGGCAUCUGACUUGGUGAGUCCCUUCCUUCCCUGGUUCUUUCCCGGUGGCUCUGGACCCCCACGCCCCGGAAACUGAGCAGGAGUCGCUGCUAAUGCCGAGGUGUGACCGCCUUGUGUCCUCUGUCGCCUGCCCCCCUGUUCAGCCAAAGAUGAGCUCACCAAAGGAAACCAACAGGAAAAGGCUCUCCUGAGCCCCAGGUGGUUUUUGUUAUUCCCAAACGGAGCAAGGAGUGGUGGGUAAAGCAAGGCAAAGAGCAGCUAUUCCUUUUGAAAGCCAAGAAGUGGGGGCCCGUCCCCGCCAAACUUACAGCUGGAUUCCCCCUGCUCCCGAGCCGGCCAGGCGCAGGUUCGGUGCCGUCUCAGACGCCCAGGAACCCGGGGAUGCACGCGGGACAACU